CGAAGGGGUUCACAUCAUCACGGUCCAUGGAUGCUGCAUCAUCACCAUCUACCCCUGCACACCCCACAUCGCUGCUCGGCUUCUCUCCUCCCCGAGCACUUCGCCUCCGCCUCGAGCCGGCGCCACCACAGCCGCAGGCCCCGCCGGAAGCGAGGAGCUGCGGAAGCAGGGGAGGGGCGACGCGGCGACUGCGCUCGUCUUCCCCGCCACCGUCGGCGUCCUCUCGCGAUGGCACCUCUCACGGCCCCCAAGUCCGGCGACGCCCUCUUCGCCAGCGUCGAUCGCGUCAACGCGGAGCUGUUCACGCUCACGUAUGGCGCCGUCGUGCGGCAGCUGCUCACGGAUCUGGAGGAGGUCGAGGAGGUCAACAAGCAGCUAGAUCAGAUGGGUUACAACAUUGGAACACGGUUGAUUGAUGAGUUCUUAGCAAAGUCAAACGUAUCAAGGUGUGUUGACUUCAAGGAGACUGCUGAUGUUAUCGCAAAGCUUGGAUUUAAGAUGUUCUUGGGUGUGACUGCAACUGUAACCAAUUGGGAUGCCGAGGGUACAAGCUGCAGCUUUAUAUUGGAGGACAAUCCUCUUGUUGAUUUUGUUGAGCUCCCUGACACUUGCCAAGGCCUUCAGUAUUGCAAUGUGUUAAGUGGAGUAAUCAGGGGAGCAUUGGAAAUGGUGUCUAUGAAGACAGAGGUGACAUGGGUCCGUGACAUGCUCCGUGGGGAUGAUGCCUAUGAGAUGCGUGUGAAGCUUAUCAAGCAAGUCCCCGAGGAAUACCCCUACAAGGACGAUGACUAGUUUGAGUUUAAGCGAAGUUCCUGCAGCAGGGCGCUAGUUUGCUUGUCUGGAUGUUAAUUUUGUUGUGGAUAUAGUCCUGGUAUUACAUGAUGUCACAAGAGUAAACUGUUGAUUGCAUUUACAAUUGUCGUGUGUAUUACUGGUGUAUUGUAGAAAUAUUGCAUAUCUUCCAUGCCUUGUGGCUUUGAAUUAAUCCGGUGAAUUACGGGCAUCUGUGCUGCUCUGGAUCGUUCCUGCUGUGCUAGCCAAAAAUAAAGUUUUUUUCUUUACAGUC